AUGCACGACGUUAUUGAACAGUUCCAGAUGGACAGAUGCAUGGGAGAACUGGCGAAUGACUUACCACCACCAGCCCACAUUCCGUUAGACCGUGCAUACAGGCGACCAGGCAGUAGCAACAUAGCAGGAGGUGCCGGGAUGGUUCCACCUGUGAACGGCACAAUUGAUGACUGGUGCCAAUACGCAGCCCACCAUUUCAGACCGGGAGGCCUGAAUCCGCCAUCGGGAAUCACAAUGGAUUUAUCGUAUCGGGUGAGCUACGCUAGCAUUUGGGGAAUGCUACUAGUCAGAUUCCUUCACCCAAGAGAUGCAAGAAACUACUACGCACGAUACUUCACAGCAAUCACCUUCCGUCCCAGGUAUUACAUGGAUUACAUCGAACAGUGGAAUCGGGACCAACCAGAUAAAGUACCUAUCAUACUUGCUACGGAAAGGACUAUCCUCCAACGUAUGAUAUUCAACGGUGCCACGGAAAACUUGGCCGAAGUCGAUGUGAUACGACACUUGGCUGACUGCAGUAUCACACAGGAAAUGAUCGACAGCGCCUAUCCAUGGGCAAUGGUAUGGGUGGAUCAGCAUCAGUCGAUACAUUUCUGGGAUCAUUAUUAA